CUGCCGCUUCUUUGCAGGGACGCCACCGCGUCGAUACGGCAGGCACUUCUUGUGGCCUUGCCUCCGCAGCUACCGGAACAGCUCGGUCGUGCCCUGAGUAAGGAGUAGGGACCACCGACUCCGUGGAUUCCUCCGCACGCGAAAGUGCUUAUCAUGUUGGGCUCUGGGUUCAAGGCUGAGCGCUUGCGAGUCAACCUGCGCCUUGUCAUCAAUCGCCUCAAACUGCUGGAGAAAAAGAAGACGGAGUUGGCCCAGAAGGCAAGGAAGGAGAUUGCAGAUUAUCUGGCAGCUGGAAAAGAUGAGCGUGCCAGGAUUCGUGUGGAGCACAUCAUCCGUGAAGAUUAUCUUGUGGAGGCCAUGGAGAUCCUGGAGCUGUACUGCGAUCUGCUGCUAGCCCGCUUUGGCUUGAUUCAGUCCAUGAAGGAGCUGGACUCUGGCCUGGCAGAAGCAGUAUCUACACUGAUUUGGGCUGCACCACGACUCCAGUCAGAAGUGGCUGAGUUGAAGAUUGUUGCUGACCAGCUGUGUGCCAAGUACAGUAAGGAGUAUGGGAAGCUGUGCCGGACAAACCAGAUUGGGACAGUCAAUGACAGGUUGAUGCACAAGCUGAGCGUGGAGGCGCCGCCCAAGAUUCUGGUGGAGAGAUACCUCAUCGAGAUUGCCAAGAACUACAAUGUACCCUAUGAGCCUGACUCAGUGGUGAUGGCUGAAGCCCCUGCAGGCGGAGAGGCAGAUCUGAUCGAUGUGGGAUUCACAGAUGAUGUGAAGAAGGGUGGCCCUGGAGGGGGAGGAGGUGGUGGAUUUACAGCCCCAAUGAUUGGUCAUGAUGGAUUAGUACCCAUGCCGGUAAUGAUGCCUAUGCCUAUGCCCAUGCCAACACCAAAUCCGCCCGUCUCCUAUCCACCUCCAAAGGGACCGGAGAACUUCAAUGGCCUGCCAGUGGGGACCUACCAGCCUUUCAGUAACAUCUGUCCACCACCAAUUCCAGCAACUCCACCAACAUACGAGUCUAUUGAUGAGCCUAACACUGACAAGGAAACUGCUGCACCAGCCGCUGGGCCCGGGCCAAAGUCAGAAGCUUCUCCUAAACCAAGAGCUGGAGCUCCUAAUACCUUUGAUAACUUUGUGCUGCCUGAAUUACCAUCCGUGCCAGAUACGCUGCCAACAGCAUCUGCUGGCGCCAACUCUUCUGCCUCUGAAGACAUUGACUUUGAUGAUCUUUCUCGGAGAUUUGAGGAGCUAAAGAAGAAAACAUAAAACUGACUGGGCUGUCACUCCCGUGUGAGGGGCAGGAGCUGUGGCGGCUGCUUCUCUCUGAAACACUCCCCUUGAAAUUGGUUUCCUGUAUUAACCUCAAAUGAACGCGCUCUUCUUUUUGCGCUCUCUUCCUGCUGUACUUAAACCAAAUGUCGCCACUUUCCUGAUCUUUGCUCCAGGAGGUGAACUGUGGGGAAUCUUGUGAGACUGGAGUUGGGAACAGCCCCUGUCAGUCUGGGAAGCUGUACAGGAAAGCUGUGCGUAAUGUUCUGGGAGUCGUUCCUGGCAGAGAAGGGAAGUGAAGGCCGAAACGGGACAGGGUUUUCUCCUCUCCCCUGGUGGUCUCAAGCGUCAUCCACAAGCUGCCCCUCUCUGCUCAAUAGCCUGUAUGGUAACAGUGAUUAAGUCCUUUCAGUAAGACUUCUAACUAAUUGGGGUGGAAGCAGGGAAUACGGUCAUGAGGAGAUGUGGCGUUGUGCUUCUGCCGUCUCCCUGGCUCCAGCUCUGUCCGGUUGCGGUUUGCCUGAUGUCCUCUUCUGUUCCCGCUGGACUCCGUGGCCUUCGCUGCGUUCCCGGCAGGGGUCGGCUCCCUGCUCACAGGAGGCAGCACUGAAUGCCUUCCCCUUUGGUGGCACGUUCUGCCCCAACCCGCUGGCAGGGCAUGCAGAGCGACACGGCGUCUGUGGCUGUGCCAGCUCCUUUCUUGUGGGGGAGCUGAGGUUGGGGGGACCUGGAGGGGACCCCGAGGGUGCAGGUGGCAGUAACUCCUCACCCCUGAACGAGGGGAGGGGAGAUCCCUGGCCUCUGCAGCUGGGGUGGCACAGCUGCUCCCCGACGCCAGAGGGGCUGCUGAGCCGCGCCUGCCCUCUUCUGUGUAACGUAUGUGUACAUAACACUUUCACACAACUUUUCUUUGAAGUUUUUGUCGAUUUGUAUCUUAUGGGUUGGUUCCUAAUAAAGCGUGGGCUCCUGA